AUGGCCACGAACCUGAUAAAAGACCUUCAAAUACGAAGCAUUCUCGCAUCGGACUUCCACAUAGGCCCCAAGAUCCUAAGUCUAGCCGCACAAUCCCAACUCAUCGACCUCAUCGACCCCAGCAACGCGGAGCAGUUAUACUGCAUCGAUCUACUAUCGCAAACGGAGAACAUAACCCCGACACUCGCCUUGCGCAUCGCCCGAUGGUACCAUCAGCAGGAUCAUGUCGAGAACGCUGAGGUCAGGGAGUUGAUGAAUCUACAGAUCACGCUGGAUUGUCUUACUGCUGUGGAGGAGGAGGUUUCUCAGGAGGAGCAGGUUUCGCAGGAGGAGCAGGUUUCGCAGGAGGAGCAGGUUUCGCAGAAGGAGCAGGCUUGA